UUAACAGUCCCUUUUUUCCCCGCUUUUUUUUUCUUUUUUUGCUUUAUUUGAAGCGACACAAACAAAACAGCUUGGGCUGCACUUUUAAUUUACCCACGUAACAAUACAGACAGGUGACUGUGCUGUUCACUGAAGGCCUCGGAUUCUUUGCUCAUAGCCAUUUCGGGGCUCGACUUGAUAAUAAUAACAAUGGACACCGACUACUCGUCCGGCCUGGAGAACCCUCUGUAUAGCGAGCUCAAGUAUUUCUGCAGGAAGAUACGGGAGGCCUACAAUGAGCUCAAGGAGGACCUGACACCUUACCGCGACGACCGCUUUUAUAGAUUGGCUCCCAUGCGGCUGUACACCCUGUCUAAAAGACAUUUCGUGCUAGUCUUCGUGGUCUUCCUGAUCUGCUUUGGCCUCACAGUCUUCAUAGGAAUUGCAGGCCCAAGGAUUAUUGCUGAGCAGGAGCAGAAUGGUGACCAGUUUCUUGCAAAAAACUUUUCUGUUAAGACUGGGCCCUUUAAUCUAGAGUCUCCUCCCCUCACCACCUACAACCAGCAGCUAUGGCUCACGUGUGUGAUGCAGGCUGAAAACAGCAACAUGAGAGAUUUCAAGCAGCCGUUCGAGAUCAACGUUGAGCUGAAGGGAGUCAUACAGGAUGCCAGUGUGAAGGACAUCAACAACCCGCGCCAGAAAUUGCGGAUGCUGCACUGCGCGGCUAAAUGUGAUGAGAUCAUUGUGCUCCAUCUGGGUUAUCUGAACUACACCAAAUACCAGGUUAUGGUCGGCUUCAAAGGCCUUGAAAAUAUCACCUAUGAAAUCAAGGUUAAGUUUGUGUGGAAAACAUACAAUCCCACCUUCUCACAAGUGGAAAUCUGGUUCCGGUUUGUCUUUGUGGUGUUGACCUUUAUGGUGACAUGUAUGUUUGCUCAUUCACUGAGGAAAUUUUCCAUGAGAGAUUGGGGAAUAGAGCAGAAGUGGAUGUCUAUUCUGCUCCCUUUGCUACUGCUCUACAAUGAUCCAUUCUUCCCGCUGUCAUUCCUGGUGAACAGCUGGUUUCCGGGGACGUUGGAUGCCUUCUUUCAGGCCCUCUUCCUGUGUGCUUUGCUGCUCUUCUGGCUCUGUGUUUACCACGGCAUCAGGGUCCAGGGUGAGAGGAAAUUUCUGACCUUCUACCUGCCUAAGCUGGUUAUUGUCGGUCUGCUGUGGCUAUCAGCGGUUACUCUGGGCAUAUGGCAAACGGUUAAUGAACUCCAGGAUCCCACCUAUCAGUACAAAGUGGAUAUAGCAAACUUUCAGGGUAUGAAAGUCUUCUUCCUGAUUGUAGUCGCCCUCUACAUCCUUUACUUGAUAUUCCUGAUUGUCAGAGCUUGUUCUGAACUCAAGAAUAUGCCUUACUCAGAUCUCCGGCUGAAGUUUUUGACAGCGCUGACAUUUGUGGUCCUCGUUAUAAGCAUGGCUAUUCUCUACCUGAGGUUUGGUGCCAAGGCUCUUCAAGACAACUUUGUGGCUGAACUGUCCACCCAUUACCAAAAUUCAGCUGAAUUUUUAUCCUACUAUGGCCUGCUCAACUUUUACUUGUACACAUUAGCAUUUGUGUAUUCUCCCUCUAAGAAUGCACUUUACGACUCCCAGUUAAAGGAUAAUCCAGCGUUCUCCAUGCUAAAUGACUCAGAUGAUGAAGUGAUAUACGGCAGUGAUUAUGAAGACAUGCCUUUACAAAACGGACGCGCUAUCAAAGCAACCACCAAGUACCGGGAUGAGAGUGACAGUGACUGAGGCGUCUCUGAGUGGAGUUUAUGCCUCCAUUGUGUCCACACUGGAAACUGGUGUGUGCAUGUGCAAAUAAGAUGCACAUGAAUUUAUGUACUCCAAGUGUACAUAAAUAUAUUUUUAAAAGGGUUCAUGUCGACUGAAUGUACUGUACUUUUGAAAGGUGAGGUAUGAUGUAGCCACUCAGACUUUUUUGUUCUUAAUCAAAAACAAGGGAAACAAACACCUGGUUUUAAUCUGUACACUUCACCCUCUCAUUACCAGCAUUUCUUCACCACCUGAUGAUUAAAAUGAUCAGGAAAAAAAAAAUCAUAUUAACUGGGGAUGUUUGUGUGAACAAUUCUUUUUUUCUUUUCUUUUUUUAAUGCCUUGUGUUGAACCACUGUUGUCGCUCUACAGUCUUGCAUUAAUGCCAUUCCUUUCCACUCUGGGAACGAUGGGAAUUCAUUUAUUCGGUCAGAGCUGAGUGACAUUUAAAGGUCAUGCUGCAGCUGCUGUAUGAGCUCCUUAAAGUAGGUAGUGUGGCUCGCUUGUCCUGACAUGACGAAUGAACAGGGAGUCUGCUGACAUUCGUUUGUCUUCAGACAUUUAAAAAAAUAAAUAAAAAUACAGGGAGCCUUAACUCACGUGCAGGUACCACUCACUAUUUCUAUUUUUGGCAAAGCAGCUUUGUAAUCGCACUUUUCAAGAGUUUUAUUUAUGUUGCCAAAAAAAAAAAAAAAAGUGACACUUAUGUGACAAGUUGCAUGUAUUUUCUCACGA